UGUUAUCCCAUAAGGAACUACAGUAGUUUCAUCACAAGAAGAAUUUUUCAGAAAGUGAAGAUACAUCAAGUCAUUCAGUGUCAGGACUCUGCUCCAGAGGACAUCUAGUGAUGUCCACAGCUUCAGCUGAAGAAGCAAAGGAAGCUCCGAUACCUUGCAUUCCCUAUGAUAAAAAGGAUGAACUUGAGAAAUGGCCUAAACCCACCCAUUUGCCAAGGUUUUCCUUAAAACAAGGAUUAAUUCCCAGGUUCUACACGAUGAGCUGGAAACAAGACAUGAAAUUCAGGAGACUGCAUCUAAAGAAUGCACAGCUGAGUGGGAUUCACACAGGUCCUCUAGAAGAAAACUUGUUUUUGGAUCACAGUGAAAGGCUUUGCCAUGGAGAAGAUCGAGAACGUCUUUUAAAGAAAUUCUCAUCCCACAUAAAAAUAGCUGAUAUGCCUUUACAUUCUCCUCUUUCCAGGUUCCAAAGUACUGUCAUUUCUCAUGGAUACAGGAGACAACAGAUAUGAAGAAAGUAGAAUAAAGUUGUGAAGUGUUCAAAA